GUCUGCUUGGAUGCUGCAAAGCAAAGCUGAAAUAAAAAUGUCCAAAUUACCAGAUUGAAACAAUGUCAUGAUAUAAUCAGUUGUUUUAUGAGUUCCUAAACAUUGCCAAGCUUUGUUCUUAACAUGUGCUAGAAAAAUAAUGGAUCAAGAAGAAAAUGUGUUAGCACAACCAACAGAUGAUGAACAGUGCCGGCAUGCAGAAUCAGAAUCUUCUACCAUUCAGAAUAUGAAUUAUAAUGGCCCUAAAGUACCAUUAGAUGCAAAUGUGAAAGUUAACACACUAAACUAUAAUGUAGAAGAAAAGAUUGUUCUGUUUGUUGAUAAAGCAUACAUAAAAUCCUGCAUUGGGUUGCUGAGACUGAUUCAAGUGAUUUUCUCAUUGAUUGCAAUAAUAAGUUUGACCACAGUAGGGAAGAAAGAUGGUGACUUUUUGCAAUUGCCUCUUGGGUGGCAUUUUCGUGUAAUGGUAUUUGUUCUACUGCUGACAUCGAUGACAAGUCUGACAUUGUGGAUAAUCAAUGCAACAGGAUUGAUUCUGGCUCUGCCACUUAACUGGUAUUUAUUGGAUACAGUGGUGUAUUCCUUAUUUUCUUUCCUAUAUUUAGUUGGAACAUCAUUAGUGGCCAAUGCUUUUGAUUUCUAUGAGAAGAUGAGGAGUGACAUCCCCAGAACUAUGAUUCAGCAGCUUAUAUUCUGUGUUGUGCUUGGUUACAUCUGUAUGUUUUUAUAUGGCCUGACAGCAAUGGUAGGCUACAGACGGUGGAAUAUUCAACAUAAACUAUUUAAAAGGCGAAGAUUACUGGAAGAAGAUCAAGAUUUAGAAAUAUGAAGAAUUCUGCAUAAUUGUAUAGAUAAUGUUAAGUUAAUUAGAUUACUUGGUUAGAAUACUGCAGGGACAGGUAAACUUCAGGAUACCUUUAUAUAUAUAUAUAUAUAUAUAUAUGGAUGAAUUUCUGUCUAUUAAUUCAUUAUCUUAUUUGGCCAAGCUGGCAACUGUGUCCAUAGAUUCAGAUGAGAGAUACAGGCUCUUUAGGCAUCUAGUUUUGAGACAUCUUUUAUUUUUCCUUAUAUUGGUGCUAAAAUCCUUAAAUUGUCAUAAAUUUGUAUAAAAAAUCAAAGCAAAAAGUUAGUGGUUUAUGUGUUAACAGUUAGCAUGACAUGUUUUAAAACAGAUAUGUAUUUAAUAAUCCAUAAUUAUAUAUAUAUUUUCACAAAAGUAUUUAUUAGCACUUUCAGGUAAUGAUAAAAGAUCUACCAUAGUUUUUUUUUUUAUUAUGUUUAUAUAAAUUAUAUAAUGAGAAGUACAGACCACAUUUUUGUUUAAUUGGAACUUGGUUAGAUAUGGAAUCGUUGUUCAAUUUUUUUUAAUCUGAAUUUUUAAGGUUCAUUUUUUUUUUGUCAAAUAACAGUCUAUAAAUUUACAUAAAUAAAUUGAAGUGAGUUUAUGAAAUUAAACUUUUGCAUGAAAGGAGUGGGACAUUAAGGCCCAGUUUUUGCCCAAGAAAAUAAAUUGUUGGAGAACUAUUCCAAAUUUGCACAUAAUGUUUGCAAAUGCACAAAAUAAAGAAAUAGUAAAUGCAUAACAUAAGAUUUUUGAUGUUAUGAUGUCAUGAUUACGCCAUAAUAUGUACCAUUUUCAUGAAAACAAAGAAAACUGCAGUUUUGCAGUUUUGCAGUUUUUCAUCGUUAUUUCCUUUUUGGCAACAUCGUGCAAGAAACAACAGAAUAAUUUUAGAGAAGCUUUAUAGUAACUAUUGCCAUAUUCUUGCCAAAUAUAAAGUUGCUUCUUGUGUACGCACAUAUUUUUCCAAUCUAUUUAUUAUGUAUACUUAAAAGUUGAUGUAAAACAAGGGAAAUCAAGUUUUACAAAAACACAAAUUUUGUCAUUGUUUGUUGCCAUGGUAACUCCUUAAAUGUGAUUUUUUUUUAAAUUUUCUGAACACCUUGAACCUAAGUGUAGUCAGAACAAAUUUAAGAAUGUUUAUGGUAACUUUUCAAUUUGAACUCAAUUUGGACCAAAUAAGGGCAUUAUUGCCACUACUCCUUUGAAGGCAAAUAUUUUAGUGGUAUAAUGUUAUGGACAUGUUCAAUUGUAUGGUACAAGAAUGAACUCAUUAUAACAAGGUUUACAAUUUGGUACAUCAGUUUUAGUAUCACUGUUACGAUUUAAUCAAUAUUAUUCUUAUUAAAAGGAAAAUACGUACAGUUACAUUUAUACUGAAAAUGUUAUUUUUUCAUAGUUGUAUAAUUAAAUGUGUCUGUCAGUCACAGAAAAUAUUAAAAUAUGAUAAAGCCCAUUUUAACCUAAUUUGUGCAAUUUUUAACAAUUUUACAUCAAAUGUGAUACAUAAAGUUUCAUCUAAAUUCUAUCAAAUAUUUAGUUAAGCCAUGGAAUUUCAUAUUUUUUUUAAUCAAAAUGAAUUGUAAAUAAUUUACAUUAAUUAAUUUCUAUUUCCUUUAGUAAUCAUCAACAUUCUGUAAGUUGUUGAUUUAAAACAUGAUCUAUGGACUAAAAAUUUACAGAUUGAGCAGUACUUUAAUUUCUCAUUCCAAAACAACUUAUUCAAACGUCCAUUAGUUUUAGUUGUUGUGAAAAUAUCUACAUUGCUCCCAUAAUUUUGUUAUAUAUUAUCUCAUUUUUUUAUUUCCCUUCUCCUUAUAAGGGACAUUAAUCAAGAAACUUCCAAAUUUAACAAAUAUGUUGUCAAUCACCUGUAUCAUGGUUUGAAUUUCAUUUCAUAAAUGUCUCCAGAAAUCUCAUUAAAAGUAUUUACAAUUCAUUUUCUUGAUAAAAUUAUUUUUAAAGAUUUCUGAGGCAUUUUAACUGUUUGUGUUAAUAUGUUAUUCGAUGUAAAUUGUACAAAAUAAAUAAUGUUAAGAACCAAGCAAACCAAUUGGAUAAAAGUGCCCAGCAGAAUUACUGUCCAUCAAAUAAAAGGGGAAGUAACUCAUUUUUUCUAAUACAAAUUUUUCUCAUGAAAAAUUUUGAACAACAAAAACUGAUUUAAUGAAUAACAAUAAUCAUAUAAAAACUUUCCAGUUCAGUGAAACAAAAUCUUAUAUUCAUGAAUUUUCAAUGUACGAGAAUAACAAAAUACAAAUUAUAUAACAAUUAAAAAAGAGAGCUGAGAAAAAUCCAAAGUUCAACAAAGUUAAUUUACACAUAACUUGGUUUAAAGCUGGGACUGAUACAAUAUUCAUGGGUCUCAGGUUAAAGUUAGUGAAUCCAUAGAAUUUGACACCAUUUUCUGUAACCCCAGUUGGGAGUUUUAGCAUAUCUUCUAGGCUGUAUUAGGAAUCAAAAGCCUAUAAUAGUUUAGAUAUUGUCCUAUACCUGAAUUUGAUAAAAGUACCAAUUAAUCAUUCAUAUGUCAGUUAUGAAGAAUAGAAAAUGUUUAUUUAAAAUCUUGGAUUUUCCUGGAAGUAUCCCUAGUGAAUAGGUUGAAAAAAAUAAUUUUCUGAUCUAGCGUUACAAAUAUGUAAAUUAUAAACUCCUAUUUUCUGUCAAAAUUGUCAUAUUGGAGACAUCAAGUACCAUGCAAGUCCAAAGAUCUCCUGCUUUCCCUUCCUGCUAUUUCAACUAUAAUAAAUUUUGUAAGUGCACCAAUGUAUAAGUAAUGAAUAGUGUUUAUGUUUUUUCAUUGUGUCUGAUCAACAUACACCUUUUAAAAGGCUAGUAAAUUGGAGAAAACAUGAAAUGAAUAUACCACAGUAACUUAAUUUGUACAGUAUGUAUUCAUAUAUCGAUGUAAACUACCUUAUGAUUAAAUUGUGUUGUGCAGUAAUAUACAAUAUAUGUUCUUAUAUAAAGCUGUAAUUAGUGGAUGUUUAUAUUAUUUUUCUGUGAUUGAAAAUGGCAUAAAAAGAGGCAGUCUAUUACCAUUUUCUAGUGCCAUACAAAUAGUUUUUAUUUUGACAUCAAACAACAUUAUUUUGUUUGUGUUUUUCCAUUCUGAACCUAAGAGUAAUUAAUGUAUUAUGUUAACGAUAUCUCCCUGUUUAUUUUUUAUGAUGAUAUCAAUGUAUCCAAAUCACAUGUCUUUCAAAUGUUUUAUUUUUAUACAACUACUUUUUUAGCUCACCUUUCCUAAAAGGAAAUUUGAGCUUUUGCCAUCACUUUGCAUCUGUCGUCGUCCGUCCGGUGUAAACUAUUUCAAAGAUCUUCUCCUCUGAAAUUACUGAACCUAUUCCAACCAAACUUAAGCUGAAUGAUCCUUAGGGUAUCUAGAAUAAAGUUUGUGUUUUAUUUCUGUUUCAUCAAAAAUCAUGGCCGCCAUGGCUAAAAAUAGAACAUAGGGGUAAAAUGCAGUUUUUGGCUUAUAUCUCAAAAACUAAAGCAUUUAGAACAAAUCUGACACGGGGGUCUAAAUGAUCAUUAGGUCAAGUUUUAUCAGCCCUGAAAUUUUUAGAUGAAUCUAACAACCCAUUGUUGGGUUGCUGCCACUAAAUUGGUAAUUUUAAGGAAAUUUUGCAGUUUUUGGUUAUUAUCUUGAAUAUUAUUAUAGAUAAAGAUAAACUGUAAACAGCAAAAAUGUUCAGCAAAGUAAGAUCUACAAAUAAGUUUUUAUAUGACCAAAAUUGUCAAUUGACCCCUUAAGGAGUUAUUGACCUUUGAAUACAAUUUUACACAGUUUGUUUAUCAUGUUUUCUAACUUUAAGAAAUCUUCUCCUCUGAAACUACUGAACCAAAUUAAACCAAACUUAAGCUGAAUGAUUGUUAGGUUAUCUAGAAUUAAGUUUGUGUUUUAUUUUCUGUUUCCUCAAAAAAUAUGGCUACCAUGGCUAAAAAUAGAACAUAGGGUAAAAUGCAGUUUUUGACUUAUAUCUCAAAAACUAAAGCAUUUAGGGCAAAUCAGACAAGAAGUCAUAGUAUUCAUUAAGUCAAAGUCUACCUGCCCUGAAAUUAUCAGCCAAAUCGGGUAUCUAAUUUUUAGGUUAUUGCACCUGAAUUGAUGAUUUUAAGGAAAUUUUGCAGUUUUCAGUUAUUAUCUUGAAAAUUAUUAUAGAUAAAGAUAAACUGUAAACAAUAAAAAUGUUCAGCAAAGUAAGAUCUACAAAUAAGUUUUUAUAUGACCAAAAUUGUCAAUUGACCCCUUAAGGAGUUAUUGCCCUUUAAAGACAAUUUUCACAAUUUGCUCAUCUAGUUUGCUUACUUUAAAAAAUCUUCUCCUAUGAAACUGCUGAAUCAAUUUCAGCCAUACUUGGGCUGACUGAGUUUCAGGGUAUCUAGUAUAAAUUUUGUAUUUAAUUUCCUUGUAUGUCAAGAAACAUAGCCACUAUGGCUAAAAUGGAACAUAGGGAUAAAAUGCAUUUUUUUGCUUUUGAAGAAAAUAUGACAGAUACAAAGAACAUUUAAAUGGCAUUUUUAAGCCACUCAUUACUUUAUUUUGAAAAGCAAAAAUAAUCAUUGAUGAAAGAUUUAAGCAAAAAAUUAAAGGUGAGCGAUUCAGGCUCUUGAGAGCCUCUUGUUUAUUUACGUUUUAAAUUUUCAGGUUGUGUUUAUUUUUAUGUAUGUUUUUCUUUGUCAGGAGGUAAAAGUCUUGAUUAAGAUUGAGUCGAUAACCUUCAAACAACAUAAAAGGCAAAUUUAGCAUGUUUUUAGAAGAUAUUCUGCACAGAAUAAUAGCAGAUGUCUCCUAGACCAUCCGGAUAGAGGAAGUCCUGCGUUAACUGUUUGGAUGAUAUUCUAAAGAGCCCAUUCUAUGCUUUUUCAUAUCAAUUACAUAUUUGUUCUAGGUUUCUUGACAGUAUGAUUUAAAGGUGAAUUACUGAUACUCUCCAGACGGACAUGCUGCCUUGUAUGAUGAAGCCUGGUUGAACUUUUUUUAAAGGGUUCAAAAAUAUCUGAAGCCUAAAUUUGUGCAAAUACCUAAUCAGGUAAAAAUGAACAAUUACAUUCAUAGUAUUGUAGACACAAUUUGACAAAAUGUAUCUACAGUUCUUCUGGAUCCCCCCUGCCCCCCAAUCAUGAUUCUUUUUACACAAAUGCAAGAUUCAUAGAUAGAAUCUUAGUGGAUUAAUAUUUUAUAGGCAUUAUGAUAACAUAUUUAUAUCUCUGGAAUAAUUUCUUUGAAAAUAAGUUAUAUAUUUAAUUUAUAAGCAUAUUUGUUGACAGAAAAUAUUCUUAUUAAAAUGUGUUCAGAUA